AUGACAGCAUAUAUUGGUCUACUGUGUCUUCUACAUUUACUGAUCACCCUUGUACUGUCCAUAGAUAUUAUAUACCAUGUCAAUGAAGAAGACAGACUUCACACCUAUAUAGGAGACAUUGCUGUUGACUCUAACUUAUCACACCCUCUCACACAUCAACAACACACUCUCAUUACAUUUACACAACUACAAAGGACAGUCGAGAGUGGUUCUCACUUAUUUAAUGUCACCAACUCAGGAAAACUAUACACUACUCAAACACUGGAUGCUGAGUCUCUGUGUACAUACAACAGGGAAUGUUCCAGAAUAGUUAAAGUAGCAGUGAGGAAAGAAGAAGCAUUUAUGAAAAUUCUCAAAAUAAAAAUAUUAAUAGAAGACAUCAAUGACCAUUCUCCAGAAUUUCCACAAAAUGAAGAAAUCUACAACAUCUCUAUAAGUAAUUCACAUCAAAGACAUUUACCAAUUCUUACUUUAAAAGCUUCAGAUCAAGAUUCUGGAGACAAUGGAAAGAUUUCUUAUCAUUUCAACCAUAAAACAUCUCGAAAUAUCCAGAAAUAUUUUGUUUUAGAUAAGAACACUGGAGAUUUGUUUUUACAUGACAAUUUUCAGUUUACUAAAAUGCAGUCUUAUAAAUUAUUUAUUGAAGCACGAGAUGGAGGAAAUCCACCCUUAAGUUCUUUAACCAAAGUCCAGAUUCACAUUAUUAAUAACCAGAAUACUGCUCCAUUGAUAAAUAUAGAUUUUGUAUCUCCUUUAACAGAGAGUUCAGCAGCAGUUUCUGAAGCAAGUAAAAUUGGUAGUUUUAUAGCUUAUGUUAUGGUCACUGACACUGAUAGUGGACCUAAUGGUGAGGUUAUCUGUGAUUUAAAACAUGAUAAAUUUAAACUUGCCAAAAUAGAUUCUAAAGAAUAUAAAAUGAUUGUUAAGGGCCAUCUUGACAGAGAAAUAAGGGACCACUAUAAAGUAUCUAUUGUGUGUCAUGACAUGGGGUCACCUCAACUAGAAAGUAAAAAAUAUUUCUCUGUCAAAGUAACUGAUGUCAAUGAUGUAGAACCACAUUUUACCAAAGAGACAUUCCAAUUCCUCACCUACGAAAACCAGAAAGUUGACUUCCCUAUUGGCUUCAUCAAUGCUACAGACCCUGAUCUUGGAGAUGGAGGCCAACUUACAUAUUCUAUCAUCAAUGAUAACAACAAUGAUAACAUUCCUUUCCAACUGACCAAAUAUGGAUUCAUUUCUACAUCACAAUCAAUAGAUCGAGAAAUGAAAGAUAUCUAUAAGUUCAACGUUUUAGUGAAAGAUAAUGGAACACCUUCUCUCAAUGACACUGCCAAUAUUGUUAUUGAGAUUCUAGAUAAAAAUGAUAAUGCUCCGUAUUUUACGUUUCCUAAUAAUGACCCUUACAAUCUCGAUGUCCACUACCAUCCACACAGUAAGAAGGACAUCACAAUUCUGAGAGCAUCUGACAAAGACACUGGAAACAAUGCUUUCCUCACAUAUGGAAUACUGAGAUCCAAUGAUAAAAACCUGUUUACAGUGAACUCACACACUGGUGUGUUAUCUUUCUCUCGCACAGUUUACCAAAAUGAUGCAGGAACAUAUGAGCUGCAGUUUAUAGUGAAAGACGGUGGUACUCCAGUUCAAUCAGCAACAACUGCUAUCAUACUAACACUGUUUGUUAGUAAUGAUACAUCUCCAAUGUUGACUGCUGUGCCAUUCCAGUCUGGUCACGACCUGAAUAUGACUUGGGUAAUUAUCAUUGUAGCAGCAGCUGUAAUACUAUCUGUGGCUAUUGUAGUGUCCAUAACACUGUGUGUUUUCAGAUGUAUUAAUCACACGAAUAACUCACCCACAACAGCAGAGAAUCCCAACUUUCUCUCUCAGACUGAGAUGAGACAAUUACUGUAUCAGACUAACAAUCCUGUUGCAAUAACGAGAAAUGCAGAAGAGAUAUUUAACCGAAAUCUUCAGACAAUAAAAUCUAAAAGUCAGUUUUUUCUGGAGAUGGAACAGACACCAGAUGAGUGGAAAUUCUCAACAACACAAAGGAGACUUCCACCUGUGCCUCAGAGAUGUGACUCAAUCCAUAGUCAAGAACGUCGCACCAGUUCCAUUAUGUCUUACAACAGUGACACCUUAACAUCCCAAAAGGACAGAGAAGCUAGCAAGAGUAAUGGCAAGACUAAACCAUAUGAUGAGAUACCUGCAGAACCAGAAUAUACCAAUGACAAUCCAGUGGCAGCCACAAUACUAAAGGGACAACAAAUACAAGAUACCUAUCUACAGCCAACAUAGUAGAUGUUCCAUGACUAUUGUUAAAUGAUUCCCUCUCACACCAAAUCUUAUACAAUACUUUAUAUUCAUAUAAAAAUAUCAACUCUAUGUUUCUUUCAUCCAUCACACACGUAAGGGGCCUUACAGCGGCAUCUCUUAUGACCCCUAAUUUCCAUCUGUGGUAAAUUAAUUGUUACAAACACCCAACUCUACAUUACCAUAGUUAAUUAUUAUAGUUAUUUUCCCGUCAGUUUUAGUAUAGACAUUUCACUAAGCAUAGAUAAAUUAGUCUGAGUCAUCCUCGGAAGUUUAAUUAUGUUGUUUUCAUUUGACACCAAUUCUAAAAUGUACUUUCAUUUGUUUUACCUUUAUUUACAACUUUUCUCUUAGCUUUUUCUCAUUGUAUCAACUCAAGAAGUAAUUUAUCCCUCACAUUGA